GCCAAGCACGUGACCAACAGGGAACAGCACAACAAAACCAAACAUCCCCCUUCUCUUCCCCAAUCUCUUAAUUCUCUCUCAUCGAAUCUCCAACCCAAAACCCUCUCUCUUUCUCUCUCCUCAUCUCGAUCACAUCAAUGGAUGCCAUACUUAGAGCACUCGGGUCAGGCGCAGACCCGGAAGACUACGCCGGGCUUGAAUUUUGGUCCGACCCAGAACGCGUGGGUUGGCUCACCAAACAAGGCGAGUACAUCAAAACCUGGAGACGCCGUUGGUUCGUCCUCAAACAAGGGAAGCUCUUAUGGUUCAAAGAAUCCACCGUCAGCCGCACCUCCAUCCCACGUGGCGUCAUCCAAGUGGGCCGUUGUCUCACCGUGAAAGGUGCCGAGGAUACCCUAAACAAACCCUUCUCCUUUGAGAUCUCCACCUCCGACGGUUGCACGAUGUACUUCAUCGCCGACUCAGAUAAAGAGAAAGAAGAGUGGAUUAAUUCAAUUGGUCGAUGUAUUGUUCAGCACUCUAGAUCUGUCACUGAUUCCGAGGUCGUUGACUAUGAUUCCCGUCCUUGAGAUUUUCUCUCUCUUCUUCUCUUCUUUUGGUUUUGUGUGAUUAUGUUUAUGAAUAUUAUUUUAAUUUUGGAUGGAGGAUGAUGAUUAAUUGUAAAGUUAAUUACCACUUUUUAUAAUAUGUUUCUGGAUUUCGGAUUAA